UUGUAACUUAACCUAGGUUGACAAAAAGGCGACUAAGAGCAUAUGUUGAAAUAUUGAAUUAAAACAGUGUUAACGUUUAAAUAAAUAUGAAUUCAAGAACACAAACUAGAAGAAUUCCCGAAGUGGAACCGCAAAUAGAUUACGUGCAAUGCGACGGAUUGGUAGUUAUGAAAAUGGUAAAGCAUUGCCAUGAAGAAUCAAUGAGUAACAUGGAUGUUGCUCAAGGUGCUUUGCUCGGUUUAGUUGUGCAAAAUCGCCUUGAAAUUACGAACUGCUUCCCUUUUCCUAAAAAUGACGAAGUAAUGGAUGAAGAAGAAUAUCAACUUGCCAUGAUGCGCCGUCUUAGAUGGGUCAAUGUUGAUCAUUUUCAUGUUGGAUGGUAUCAGAGUGCAGAUGUUGGCAAUUUUUUGAACGUGUCACUGUUAGAAUCACAGUAUCAUUAUCAAACUUCUAUUGAAGAAUCUGUAGUGCUUAUAUAUGAUACAGCGAAGUCUGCCAGAGGUUUUCUAACAUUAAAAGCAUAUAGGCUUACACCACAAGCCAUACAGAUGUAUAAAGAAGGUGAAUUCACACCAGAAGCAUUACGUACCUUGAAGAUUGGCUAUGAGAGUUUGUUUAUUGAGAUUCCAGUUGUGAUAAAGAAUAGUAAUUUAACCAAUAUAAUGAUGUCUGAAUUGGAGGAAAUGAUUCCUGAGGAGGAAGGUACUAAAUAUUUGGAUCUUGGAACAGCUACAGUCUUGGAGAAUCAGUUACGCUGCUUAAUGGAUCGUGUAGAUGAAUUGAAUCAAGAAGCCAUGAAAUUCAAUAGGUAUCAACAGCUUGUUGUUCGUCAGCAACAAGAAAAGAAUAGACUUUUAUCUAAGAGGGCUCAAGAGAAUGCUGCUAGAGCUGCUAAAGAUGAGCCUCCACUACCAGAUGAUGAUAUCAAUAAACUAAUGAGACCAUUACCUGUUCCACCUAGACUGAACCCCAUGAUUGUGGCUGGACAGAUUAAUACAUAUAGUGAACAUAUUUCACAAUUCUGUGCCCAGAGUUUAGCUAAAUUAUAUAUUACUCAAAGUCUUCAGAAUGCAAAAGAAUCAAAGUCUUCACAUUGA